AUGGAGCGGUGGCGUACGUAUAGUUUAGAGUACUCUGACUUGCCGACGAUGGUAGCUAAUGUCGCCGAUCUGCUGAAGCACAUGGGGUUGAACAUCGACGGUAAAGUACGUGUGAUCCCCAUAUUAUCGGUGAUAUGGACGGUGAUAAGCGCGCUGCUGUACCUGUACGUGUACACGUUCUCGAUCCUGUGGCACGUGUGCUGGCGCGGCACCGGCGACACCGUCGCGGACGCCGUGCUGCUGUCGCUGGCCUGCGCCAGCAUGACUGGCCUUCUGAAGCUCUUCUUCCUGCACUUCACCAGAAAACGCUUACAGAAUACAAUAAUAAGCUAUUUAAAGUUCGACGAGCGCCUUUGUGGCGAGAGCAGGAUGUACCGGCGGCUGGUGAAGAAUCUGCGCGUGAUCAAAAAGCGAGGCUCGACAAUAUGGAUUGUGCUCGUUGUCAACGGCAUUUUCUACUGUUCUAUGCCGCUUUUGCUGCCAGGGAGACAUUUGAUGGAGGAUAUGCAUGUGAUCUAUGGCCUGGAACCCAUGUUCGAAACUCCAAACUACGAGAUAGCUCACAUCCUAUCUUGGAUCACUGUUAUGCUGGUCGUGUACUGCUCCGGGGGCAUCGACGUGCUCCUGAUCACCCUCUCGGGCUACGUGGAGGCGCAGAUGAUCACCCUCAGCGACGAGAUGCUAGAUCUCUGGCCGGACGCGCAAGCGCUGACCUUCGAGGACGGUCAGGAUGAACACAAACUAAGGGACCUGUACAUUCAACAGCAACUGGAGUAUAUCGUCCAAGCACACGUCGCCAACUUAGCUCUCCUGCGGCUGACUGAAGGCAUUUUCAUCAACGCCAUCGCCGUAGAAUUUUGUUUACUAGGCGUGGCCAUGAUCGCAGAGUUGCUCGGUGGAAUAGAGAACACGUAUAUUCAAAUACCUUUCGCUUUCAGUCAGGUAUCGAUGGACUGUUUCAUUGGACAGCGCCUCUUGGAAGCGAGUGAAAGGUUUAGUGAGGCGGUGUACGAUUGUAAGUGGGAAAAUUUUAAUGCAUCCAAUAUGAAAACGGUGCUGAUGAUUUUGAAAAAUUCUCGGACGAUGGUAAUUUCGGCGGGGGGUGUCGCGGAGCUGCGGUACACCAGCUUGAUGGCCAUCAUCAAGUCCAUAUACUCGGCCUACAUGGCUCUGCAGUCUACGGUUGACUAAACAUUUUAACUUUUUAAAUUAA